UCGACAACCGUGAAAGUGAAGUAUUUUAUUCGCAUAUCUCAGUUCCUCCCCGUCAUGGCCUUCAUAGGUAGCCAUUUACGUACACUACAAGAUGCACAAGGCAUAUGGAGGCCCGGUACCUCUCAAGUGGAUUGUCAACACAAGGUAAACCUCAAAACUGUCACAGUAGCCUUUGACAGGAACAAAAUCUUUGAAGUGCCACACAGUCCGACCAAGAAUAGGUCCAUCGAACAAUCUUUGACAAAAGAGACAGAAGCACCAAAGACGGAUUAUUAUGCUUCAAUGACAGCACCAAGUGACUCUCGCCAAAACGUAAACAACUAUCACGAUUAUGUCACUCCAACCAGCACAUGCGCUCUGGAUGACACUCGGUCUGUCCAUUCCAUUUCAGAGGCUUCUCCGGAUAGAGUUUCCAGAACAAAUAUCUUAUCACGCAUGGCAAAAACAAAAGCGUCCUGGGUAGAAAAUCAGAAGAUUCAUGAAUCUCUUCCGCAUAGGAAGAGUCCAAUACUCUGCAAAGGUAGUCCGGUUGGAGGUCUUUCAUUAACACCGUUCAUGGAGAAAACGUUGUCAACGGAUAGGGCCACAAAGGGAGUUCGAGACGGAAAAAAGUUUGAUCUACUACCAAUAUCAAAAUAUUUGGCCCACUAUCGAGACCAGAGGAAGUUCAGAAAGGAAAAAAAGCUACCCUUGGUUCGCAUCAGUUCCUACCACACUCUAUGUGGUUGCCUGGACGGCUUAGGAUCAUGGGAUUGUCCACAGCAAGAAUAUCAAAAAGAAAAACGACAAACUGCGACAUUCUUUACGACAAAGGACGUAUUUAAACCUUUCCAUUCAAGAUUGUUACCCACUAGGGGCGAGGUUUUAUAUGUGGAGCCUGCGCAGACGAGGUUAAAUUCUUAUCUUACAGAUCACGUCAGGUUACCAAGUCUCCAAGGAAACAGCAGGAACGACACUUUUGUCACUGAAUUUACCGAGAGGUCCAGAUUCAAAGCAAAAAGAAAUACUACAUUUCCCGUCAUUGUGCACUGACAGGAGUUUCGGUUUGUGAGCAAAAACGUUCAAGUCAUUCAUUUCUGUCUGGUUCCUUUAAUUUAAAACGCAAAUUUGUAGUAUAUGAUACUGAAAAUCUAAAGGGUUGUAAAUCUAUCUGGUUGUGGAGUUAUUCAAAAAAAAGGAACUGAAUAGGACUUGCAGAGAGUGAUACUCCAUUUAAAGCUUUCAGACACUGAAUAUCGACAACUGCCUCAUUUAAUAUAGGGAAAGGCAAUCUCUGAAAAUAAAUUGUUGAGUAUUUUAUGGAUUCUUUUGUUUCUCAGAGCGGUGACCUAAUCGUAUUUUCACUUUAUCCUUCCCAAACUGUGAUUUUACAAUGUCCCUUUUCACUUUUCUUUACCUUUCGCAUACUUCAAGUAGUACUCUUUAUAUGACUUGAAUGUGAAGAGCGUGUAGUGUCUUAUCAGAGUUGAUUAGAGGUCUCGUAAUAGAGACGUAUUAGGGGGGUUGUUACGAGACGAGUAA